CGUGCCCACUGGCCACCUGUGGAGGCGCCAUGCUCGAAUCCCUCGACAAAGGUGACGAGGCUUCACUGCUGACUUCCUGCGUACCUCCUCCACGUGCACGCGAGGUAGGGACCACCUCUACGACCGAGCUGGAGCUGCUGCCGGAGUCGCUCUCCUUUCCGGUCACACUGUUGUCCAUACGACCACUCAGGGACGCCCCCUCCUCCUUCUCCUCCUACCCACUCACAGACGGCCGGGUUCUUGCCGCCUGGGCUCCUGCCGCCUCCCGCUGAGUCGCGAUCGUCUCUCCUCCUCCAGAGGCCCUCCUACCUCGAUCAAAGAUCCAGUUCAAAAUAAAACGCGAGCUGCUCUUCCGCCGCACCCGGGCACCAGGAACCUUCUCGCGCGCCCAAAUACCGACCCAACAACUGCACACACGUUGCUGUGAAAGAAACCCCAGUCUCCGCUGCUCAGCCUUCUGCGCAAGGAGCGCUUGGUUGCGUGUGCUCGUACGUGCCGCGUCGUCCCGUCCUCGACGGAAAAAGUUGCCGGCGUAUUUCUUCCGGCCGAAAAAACUGAAAAUUUUUCCGUUUUGCCGUUCACGUCACCCCGGCACCUCACGUUACCCCCAAUCGCCGCUUCCCCCAGGGCUCUCCCCCUGGCCCUGGUUGUGAUUCCGAUUCCACACCCCGACACUUGCUGCCGGAGCCUCUACUGCAUACAGCAUCAAGGCCGCCAACCAGCUUCAGGAGGGGGAUCGAAGCUGGUUGUCGAAUCGCCGACCACACACCGGCACGCCCACGCGCAUCUUCGAGGGUGUUGCGGAGGCAUGCGUGACUCACACUACCGCGGUGUGCCAGCGCUGGGAGGGCCCACGUCGAGCACUGAUCCCCAACGCAUGUUUCCAGACGAAUAUGACAACUUCAACGUCCCUAACGGCGCAUCACUCAGCAAGAAAGUUCUGCUGGAGCGAGUCAAGCGCUUGAGAUCCGAGCUAGCCCUCCUCAAAGAGAUCAAGGAGGACGGGGAGGCCAGACUCAAGGCACAAGAGCUUGAUUUCGACAAGAGAAAUAGGGAGAUCCAGGCGCAGAAGGAGGAAAACGAGAGGCAGCUGCAGAUGAACGACAAGGCGCUGAGCGAUGCGGCUCUGGGAGUGCGCACGAGGGACCGGCAAAUCAUCAAUCUGGGAGGCAAGAUUUGCAGAGGGAGAAUGGCGAUGCAGCAGCUCCAUAAGGACAAGCACCAGGUCGUGGACCGAGCGAAGCGGGAGGCGCGAGAAGAGAUGUACGCAGAGCGGCAGCAGCAGCAGCAGAAGAUGAAGCAGCAGCCGUCCCAGGGCAUGCAGAUAAAGUCCAUCGGCCACGGCAGCGGGGGCGCGGGGCCUCAUUUCACGAGAGCGUCGACCGGAGGCGGUAUGGGGGCCAACCCCGUCAGGGUCUUCAAGGCCCACGGGGGGGGAAGGGCAGGAAAAUAGCGGGGCACGCGAGCCAAGCGCGCGUUCUCUUUCGGCCCUCCUGUUUCUUGGUAUCGCUUGAUACCAUCACCGCCGAUUAUACUUGAGGAUGGCUGGCGCGCGUGGGCUCCUUCUUUUAGAGACGACUGCUGCUCGGCUACUAGACAUCGGCAGGAGGAGGCGCAAAUGAGAGACAAACGCAAGCCUACAGCCUUCCAACCGCUCGGGGUGCCGGCGGGGGGGGGGCGGCCGGAGUUCGUUGGGCGAUAGCUCAUGCACAUGUGACUUGGGCUGACGAUCGGAUGGAGAAGGUCAGGUUAUCAUCCGAGGCGCCGUCUUCUGGUACGGUGGGAGUAUCGACUACACUGCCCGGUUUAGCUAUAGGCCGGCUCGUGCGGUGUAGCGAUCACGCCCGCUCAACAAUCAAAUGGUUGCGACGGACGCAUGGGGGGGUGGGGCUAUCUACAUCGCACGCGGGAAAAUCGGUCCGAAUCGUGGCAUGUUUUCGGCCUGCAUGUGUUGGCUGGCUCGGUGGCUCGGUUCGGGUAGCAGGCCCCCACUAGCAGAACGCAACACCGGUGAGCACGAGUCUAGGUUUGGGUGUAAGUUGGCGGGGGGGUUUUCAGGGGGUGCUUGAGUUCGGGCCUCUGUUUUUUUUACUUUGGAUUUGUUGCUCUUGCGGGCAGUGAAGCACAGUCCGUGUGGUUUUCCCGUUUGGCAAAGCUUUCGUAUGCGUGUUUUUGUGUUUCGAAGUGUUCGCCUCGCGAGCUUGUCUGUGACCACCUGGCUGGUCUAGGAAGAGCAACGGUGUGGUCCUUACGUUGCCUGGCUUGCUACCCCAAGCCCAAGGAAUGGGGGCGUUGGUGAGUCGUACCGCUUCAAAGUUCUUGCUUGAAAUCAUAUGCUCCUAGAGUUAAUUAAAUGCCGUUUCCCGAGGUACGUGACGGUAUUUAGUGUAGACGGGCACGGUGAUGAGCAGGUGUCGCCCUCGAGAAAACAGAAAACGGCCGCAAGCCAUGGCUUGCAUCGUGGAAACAUGUCAACUUUGUUGAAUAGGGGGGGGGAGGUAGGUCGAUGGGUUACUUCGUCGCUUGCAUUUUUGCACGAAAUUUGUGUGUGGUUACGGCAUCGUGCACAGCAGUACAUUUCCUACUUACAGUUUGUCGCGUUUUUUGGCGUCUCCCGCAGGGUGUGGAUUCGUGAUCAAGGGUGUGCCGCCGUAGGGCGUGACCACGCUGCGCCUCCGCCAGGUUGUCUGUACAGCAGUGCCAUUUCGAUUUCAUGUUCGUCGUAAGGAUCGUGUACUCUACGUACUCGUGGUCCUUUCUUCGCGUCUGACCGGCGGAUAUCCACGCUCGGCUGGCCUGUGUAGCGCAGGCCGGCAUGUUGACUAUUAGCUCAUCUUGGUGUGUUUUCUUUUUUUUGGAUUGCCGCAUCUAGAUAUCCAAUCAUGCGGAAGGUGCUAACACAGACGAAGCCGUCACGAACAACACGAAAAUGAUAAAAAGUACGUGCUUGUGUUUUUUCGUUGGGGAAGGGGGAGGGGGAACCAUGGCAUGUGGGAUGCCGUUCAGUUCAGUCAGUGUCGGAAAUUGGUCAUCUUGUGGGGAUGCGUGUUCGGCGGACCCGCCCAGGGGUCGGAAUUGUGGGUACCGAGCGCGGUGUGUAUGUAAAUGUAAGAGAAGGUGGUUGCCAUGUUGGGACUGAUUGUGUGCUUGCCCGGAGGGAGUUAUUUCCCCUUGCUGCGAACCAUGACAGAUGUAGUAUACUUUUGUCGUGUGAACACCCUUUGAUUUUGUCAGCAUCUGCUGGUACACACGACACCGCCGACCGACUGCGAGCACUCCACCAGCGCUUGACAGCAGUGUUGUACUGUACGCGUGCAAGACUUGGCCGCCGUCAACAAUUUUGGCUUAUGUAUAGCCUUGAGCUUUUCGAUUUUUUCAAGCCUCAAGAACCCGUGACUACUAUGGCAUACGCGCAUCUUGUUGGUGCCUCUGCCCAUCUCUGUUUUUUCAUGUAGCAUGCAGCCGCUUGGAGCAUGCAGCUCUUGUGCAUGUUAGUUGGAGAUGGUACGCUGGGAGGAGGCCAGCGGGUAGUAUCCACGAAUGACGACGAAGGCCGGGCGGUUCAUUGUUAUUGCUGCCUCUUGUGUUUCGAAGCCAUAUAAUGGUCACCACCAUCGUUCUCCUUUGGCUACUGCCGCUUGUGCGUGGCGUUGGCUAUGGUACACCUGAACAAUGCUGAACGUGAGUCC